CUUCUAAGCUGUGAUACGGAGAUAUGUUUAGCGAAUUAUUUUGAAUUACGGGGAAUAGUAAAAAUUCAGUUUUAUGUGUAAAUUUCUCUCUUAGUCUAACUUCUGAAUGAUUUUUAACAUAUAGUUUAUGUGUCUCUAAUAUCGUAGUGUUUUUAAAUUCUUUCGGGCAAUUAUAAUUAUUUUAAAAGUGAAGCGAAAUCUCAAGAUUUCUUUGGAUCUACUCUUGACGUUUGCCAAGUUGGAUACCAUAAUAAUAACAUUUUAUUAUGAUUCAAAUACUUUACGUUGUUAUUUUGUAGUUAUGGCUGAUAGAAGGAAACUUCAAGGAGAAAUUGAGAGAUGCCUGAAGAAAGUAUCUGAAGGUGUUGAAACAUUUGAGGACACUUGGCAAAAGGUUUAUAGUGCAACAAAUGCAAAUCAAAAAGAAAAAUAUGAAGCUGAUCUCAAGAAAGAAAUUAAGAAACUUCAGAGGUUACGAGACCAAAUCAAGACUUGGUUGACAUCUAGUGAUAUAAAAGAUAAAAGAACUUUACAAGAAGCUAGGAAGUUAAUAGAAACACAAAUGGAAAGGUUUAAAGUUGUUGAAAGAGAAACAAAGACCAAAGCAUAUUCAAAAGAAGGCUUAGGUGCAGCACAAAAACUUGAUCCUGCCCAAAAAGAAAGAGAUGAAAUUACAUCAUGGCUUACUGCUUGCAUAGAAAGUUUAAAUAUCCAAGUUGAUAAAUUUGAAUCUGAAAUGGAUACUAUAAAUUUUAGUUUAAAGAAGAAAAAAAAUGAUAAA